UUUUUUUUUAUACACCUUAUUAAACGAACAUCAUGGCUCAAGCAUCCAACAGAGAUUUGACUGAACUUAUUAUGCGUCCCAAUACUGGCACAGUUGGUAAACAAGUACGUGUACGAAGCAAUUUCUUUGAAAUGACUAGUAUUCCAACUCAAAAUAUACAACACUUGAAUAUUCAAUUCCUACCGGAGGGUACAUCUCUACCUGUUCGAAAAAAGUUGUGGCAAUGUUUUGAAGAUAGUCUCAAAGGUCGAGCUUUCCUCAACAAGAUCAAACCGGUCUUUGAUGGUCGUGCAAAUCUCUUUUCUCCAAAACCUCUCAAAUGUGGUGAUGAUAAUCUUGGUAUUUCUUUUGAAGUCAACCUUCAACAAGGAAAUCGUUCUAGAGGUGUUUUCAAGUUAAAAAUCAAGCCUGUAGGUGUAAUCAACAUGAGUGAAUUACAAUUACUUUUGGAUGGAAAGUCUAUUAUUACCAACAACUGCUUGAUGGCCAUUAGAGUCCUUGACACAUUGUUUCAUUACUUUCCAUAUAUCUAUUAUACUACCAUGGGUCGAUCCUUUUAUACUCCCCAAGGUAAACGUCCAUUACCCAAUGGUGCUGAAGUGUGGCAAGGCUUCAAUCAAUAUGCUCGCCCUACUCAAGGCAAAAUGAUGGUCAAUAUUGGUGUUAGCUCCAUCGCUUUCUAUCAACCUGGUCCUCUUCACGAAAUGUUACCCAAACUACUUGGCCGCCACAGUCUUGGUGAACUUCGUCGUGGUAUUCCUGACCGUGAACGUAUCAAAGUUGAAAAAAUACUCAAGAAUCUCAAGAUCGUUGUUGUCCAUCGUGGUGCUGAAAAACGAUUGAAGUACAAGAUUAACAAGCUCACUCCUACCUCUGCUGAAAACACUGUAUUCAAGGAUGAUACUGGAAAUGAAGUGACCGUUGCUCAACACUUUCAAAACACUUGCAACAGACGUUUGGCCUUCCCUUUCUUACCAUGUGUUGUUGUCAAGAAGAAUACCUUUUUGCCUAUGGAAGUUUGUGAAGUAGUUUCUGGCCGAUGCCCUGUAGAGACACCGAAUGACUAUCAAAAAGGUGAAAUGAUCAAGUUUACUUGGAAUACACCCAAUGCGCGUGCCAACUUGAUCAAUCAAGGUAUCGACAUCCUCGACCACAAGGACAAUCCGUAUGUUCAACAAUUUGGUGUCAGCGUCAAGCCUGAUAUGACCAUGGUCAAUGCUCGUGUUCUUCCUCCUCCAAAGAUCUCUUUUCAUGCUUCUUCGGAAGAUGCUAGUUUUACUCCUGUCGGUGGUACUUGGAGUCUCAGUGGUAAGAAAGUCGCAAACGGUGCCACCUUGAAAUCUUGGUCUGUCGUCAAUUUUGCAAGCAGUAUCAAUGAUGGUUCGGUACGAUUUUUUAUUCGUGAACUAGGUCAAAUGUUCAUUGAUAAUGGUUUGAAUGUCAUCAAUCUUGAACCACCAAUUACUCAUGCUGAUCCUCAAGGCGAUGUCGAACGCACUCUCAAGGAAGCUUGGUUGAAAGCUGGUAAUGCUACCAAGGUUAAACCUGAAUUAAUCUUCUGUAUCUUGCCCAACACUGGUGUUCAAAUCUAUGCCGACAUCAAGCGUGUCUGUGAUACAGUUAUUGGUAUCCCCACUCAAUGUGUGAAAACGAAAUAUGUUGCCAAAGCCGAAAGAACGUAUAUUGCCAAUGUCAGUUUGAAAGUGAAUAUGAAGCUCGGUGGUGUCAAUUGGUUUUUAGCUAAUUUUCAAGUACCUUUUAUCUCCAACAAACCUACUAUCAUCUUUGGUGCUGAUGUUGCUCAUCCUGAUAAUAGUGAUGUGAAAACACCUACCCUUGUUGGUUUGACUGCAAGUAUGGAUUCCUAUGCCUCAAGAUAUGCCUCCGCUAUCCGUGUUCAAGCCAACCAUACUGAAAUAAUAGCUGAUUUAGCCAAUAUGGUCAAAGAACUGUUGAAAACAUUUUAUCAAAACUGUGGUCAAAAACCUCAACAAAUUUUGUUCUACAGAGGGGACAUUCCAGAAACUCAAUUUAAUCAAGUUUUCAAGUACGAAAUCGCUGCUAUUCAUGCUGCUUGUGCUUCCUUGGAUAAGACUUACAAACCUUCUGUUACAUUUGUGGUUGUUCAAAAACGUCAUCAUGCUCGAUUCUUCCCUGUUGAACCCCGUAAUGCCGAUCGAAGUGGUAACUGCCAACCUGGUACUGUUGUGGAUACUGAUAUCGUACAUCCUUUCGAAUUUGAUUUUUAUCUACAAUCACAUGCUGGUCUUCAAGGAACCUCUCGUCCUGCUCACUACCAUGUACUUUAUGAUGACAAUCAUUUUUCUGCCGAUGCUUUCCAAGAACUCAGUUAUAAUUUGUGUUAUAUGUGUCAAACAACGACCAAUGCACUUUCCAUCUGUGCCCCAGUAUACUACGCAGGAUUGUUAGCUGAAAGAGCCAGGUACUACCAAAAAGGAAAAAACUGGAAUAACGUUACUGACAACACAAACGAACUGAUAAAUAACGAACUAGCAACCUUCGGUUGUAUAAAACCUGAAUUGAAGAAUACAAUGUUCUUUUUGUGA